AUGUACAACGCAAAAGAGUUUGCAGAUGUGAAAAACAGCAAUCGCUUCAAAAUAAGAGAACUUACAAAGGUGUCCUACAUUAUAGGCAUAAACUAUGGCACGGAAACGUUGUUGAAAAGAUUUCUUCGAGUGCUUAAUCUGUUCCUUAUCAUCAUUUGUGGCAUCUCAUUGUAUCCCCGAUGGUUGAUGCUGGAAAGGGCUGAUGGCAAUGUACCGCUUAUUGCAGAGACCAUCACUACCAUGUUACAAACAACUACAACUAUGGUCAAAAUGACAUUUUACCUGUUCAUGCAAGGUCAGUGUCGUGCAUUGCUUAAGAAGGCUGAAGACUAUGAACUACUUCAAGGAAUUAAAAUCUUCGAGACUGAUAUGGACAUCAAAGCUGAGUUGAAAGCGGAGAUUAAUGCAAUUAUGGCAACUAUAUGGAAGGAAACAAGGCGACAGCUUUUAAGCUGUCUCAUAACUUGUUCGUGUAUUCUUAGCAACUAUUUCCUCUACGCCUUCUUCACUAACUUGUAUCAUCAAAUAAAGAGGACGCCGAACUAUGUGCACAUAUUACCUUUCACUGGUUACCCCAUGUUUCUGGAGAAAGGCAUGGCCUCGCCUUAUUAUGCAGUGGAAAUGUUCAUCGGCGGCGGUGCACUUCUCACCAGUGGCAUGUGUUCCGUCAGCUUUCAUUGCAUUUUUAUGAUCCUCAGCAAACAUGCUUGCGGACUAGUUAGGGUGCUUUGCGCUAUGCUGCUACAAUCCACUUCACCCGAAGUGCCAGCACAUCGACGUGAAGAAUAUUUGCGUUACUGCGUUAUCCAACACCAACAGACUUUGCGGUUUAUAAAGGACAUCAAUGAGCUCUUUAGGCACAUUACCCUUUCACAUUUCCUUCAUAGUUUGGCGAUUUAUGGACUUGUGCUUUUUGAAAUGAAUUUUGGGCUAGAAACAAAUAAAACAACAUUUGUUCGCAUGGUUAUGUACAUUGGAGCUGCCCUCACCGUCGAUUCCAUGUAUUACGUGAAUGGACAACUUUUGGCCACAGAGUUGGAAAAGAUUCCCUUUGUUUGCUACAGCUGCGAUUGGUUUAAUGAAUCAAAGGAUUUCAAGAAAACAUUGAUCAUGAUAAUUAUGCGUUCCAAUAAUGAUUUCCAAUUUCAAAUCUCCUGGUUCGGUGUUAUGUCCUUGACCACAUUAAUGGGUAUAUUAAAAGCCAGCUUUUCAUAUUUCUUGAUUCUUCGCGAUAUGACGGAUGAAGUAAACUAAGACUGCAAUCAAUAACGAAAUUAUUUCUCUAGCACAGCACAUGUGAAGCAGUUUUUAGAAUGCUUUAAGUAAUAAAUCACUUGCAACGAAAGACGUUUGAAAUAAAAGUUGCUUUUUUAUGAGGCAAUAAUAAAAACAGAAACUGACAGGCAAAGAAAUUGAUUAGUUUUCCAAGCCAGUGUGCCUAGGCACCAAGGACAAAGAACCAAAGCUUCAGUUUAAAGCGACAAAAACUGCCAACAGCUAAAUAGACGACGACAAGAUAGUACGAAUGCGAAAAAAGAUGAAAACAAUUAAAAACUUUUACAACGCCGUGGAGGAGCAUAAAAUUAUAAUCUUCCAUAAAUGUGACAAUGCAGACAGGCAACCCUUAUUUAUUUCAAACAAUGAAAGGCCAUUGACCAGAUUGCUUCAAUUGUGCGAAUUUUUGGUAGAUUCGAAACUUGUUCUUGGCAGUUACAUAAAAUAUAGGUGCCCUACCAAUAGGGAUGACGUGACUUUUACAGUGGCGAUUUUUAUGGCGGCCAUAUUUUGUUAACGAAUUUGCGUCAAAUUUUGUGAAUGAGUUCAGUGUACAGUUAGGUUCGUCAUUUUAUCAUGUCACAUUUCUCUACCCAACUGCUUCCACAAAAACUGACUGUUUGGUGCGGUAAAUGUGGUAUGACGGCAUCAACGGGCUCUAUUUCUUUCGAAGUAAGGCAGGAAAUGCCGUUACCAUCAAUAGCAAUGAUGUUGACCGUCUUUUCUCUACCAAUGUGAAUUAUCGCUAUUUCCAAUAAGUCAGUGCGCCCCUCACCUUUCACGUCUAGACAUUGACCCUGUCAAAUGGCCGCCCAGGUUAUGCGAUUUAACGACUCAAGAUUUUUUUAUCUGAAGAUAUGUUAAACCAAAAGCUUACGCCAUUCAACCAGCAAAGUUCACAAAGCUCGAAGACAACAUUCAGCGCACUAAAGCCAAAAAUCAAGCGAGCGUAGUCGUGGUG